UUUCCGCUUGAACUUGUGUCUGUUUUGGUUUCAAAACGUUCUUUUUAUACUUUUCUCUGCCGCUAUCAAUAUCCAUCUAUUGUUAUUUGACAGCGUUUUUGUGGCGUAUAAGCGCGGCAACGUCUACCGAUAUUUACGAGCUGUACCAGAUCGACCCUUUCUGAGCGAGGUCGAGACGGAAAUUGAAGUCAAUUGUUAUUGGCGACACCUCACAACUGCUGAACGGAGCUGUCCUGUUCUGUUCUGUUCUGUUGGUGGCCGCAGUUCGCCGUUUACAUACAUACUAGAAAGACAUACACUUCCGCAACGGGACGGAAAGAGAAAGUCAGUCGUCCAAAGUUCCCAUCGUUGGCCUCACACACAAACCCAAGACGGGCCACAGACACACAGCAGCGUAACAGAGUGCGGACCCGGAACCGCGAUAUUGGAUUGGGGUUGACCGACAGGAAUUGGAGAGUUUGAAAGGGUUUUGCUCCCGAGAAUCCUCAAGGUGUUCAUUCGUUCAUCCAGGAUUCGAGGUCGCUCCUUCCGACCGCUGCGCCAGCAUUAUCACCAACAACCAGUAACGCGCCCAAGCAACACCGAUUAAGCAAGUUGCUCCAUUUCCAACAAGAGCAUCCAUUCACUGAUCCUCAAGCACAACCGUCAGAGCAGGCUGGUAGCUUGUCAUUUGUGCAAAGAGGCAGUUCGAUUUGUGCUGCUGUUGAGGCAAACUUGUCGUUCUUUGUGCAUCAAGUUUGUCUGAGUGUCACCAGCUCGUUGGCGUCACUUGGUAUUCAACAAAUUUGCGUGCCCCUUUAUCCUUAACGCUUAACCAUCAAUAUCACGGAGGGGAAAGAAUAGAAGGUGUGGUGGAAAUUAUAUCGAGAGGAAAGUCUGAAAGGCGUGCAAGAAACUGCAGUGUCAGCAAGUGGCGGACUUUGGAAAAGACAAAAAGGAAGGAAGGAAAGCAGGAAGGAAAGACUGAAGGAAACUGCGCGUGUCAAUACUGUUGGAAGGGUUCAGGUUGAAAAGAAAGAAGCAAGCAGCUUGCACCUUGGUUUUUUCUGGUCAAGCCAUCGUCGUCGAGAAAGUGGUUUGCUACAGAAACCUCACUGCAAGGCAUAGAAACGGAAAGAAAGGUUGAUUGCGACUGCAGCUGCUGUUCUGUCUAGCGAUUGCUGCUUCCACCUUUCAGGAUGGCAUAUACUUUCCUGGACGCGGUCGCGGCCACUGGCCAGCGCAUUUCCGCUUUCUUUCAGACCGUCACCAUUUUUCUUCUCGACCAUACCCUCCGACCGGCCUUUAGUUUGUUCUCAAGCAACUUUAACAUCCCUCUGCUUGAGGGGCCCCCACCUCAGCAAACUGCCGCCGGUGAAGAGCAACAAGAACACCCGCGUCCCGAGCUUAGGCAAUUUCAACAACAACAGCAACAACCUUCACAUCAGCUUGACAUCCAAGAUCAGGAUUCUGUCACUGCCACUCCCGCAACCACAUCUCAAUCGCAAUUCAAGAAUCAAUCUGAAGACGCCUCUGCUACCAAUCUUAACGCUCUUCCGCAAGUGUCCUUCUUGUCGCUUACGCCCGAACAAGCAAACAGCUCACAGCUGCCCGACACGGAACCCGACAUGGCCCGCACUUCAUCGGCCACGGCCACGCUGGCACCAGAACAGCAGCCGCUUAAAAAGAUCCCCGUUCCCAACAUCCUUCCCGCCUUGCCCCUAGUUGCCCCUGCAAAGGAGAAUGCGGCCCCUGUCAAGGCCGGCUCUACCGUCGCCGCCUCUGUCGAUUCUGAGAACAACCUCACCGGAGAUUUGGGACGUCUAAGCAUUGCGACUGACGCCGCUGCUGUCGCUGCAACCGGUGUCGUCGGUUCCGGCGAUCGGGUUUUGGCAACUCAGCAGCCCUUGGAUAACACCACACCUGCCGCAGCCGCCGAUGGUGCCAAUGAUGCCGAACCUCGGCAACACCUCACGACCAACGUCUUUCAUGGCCAUGGCCCUAGCACUAGUGUCGGUUGGAAUAUUGUCGACUCGCUUCCCAGGGCCCCGGUUGUCCGCUCCCCCGCUGUCCCUAUCAACCAUGAGCUCUCGCAGACUAGUCAGCUGAAGGAGGGCUUUACUGAUAGCGCAGCCCAACUCGAGGCCGAACUUGAGACGCCUGAGGAGGCUGCUGAAAGAGCGAUGCACGCUGGCUUCAUGAGGGAGGCUUUGGAUAUGGCCCGACUUGCCCUCAAGACCAACGAGACGCCUGUCGGCUGCGUACUUGUGUACAAGGACCGAGUAAUCGCCAGGGGCAUGAACGCAACCAACGUCAGCCGCAACGGCACUCGACAUGCCGAGCUCAUGGCUAUUUGUGCUCUGCUGUCCUACUCUGGUGACGCUGAUCUUGAGCCUAAGAAUGUGCAACCCCAGUGCAACCACGAUGAGCCUAGCGUUUGGGGCGACGUUGACCCCCGCGACGGCCACCUCUUCCCCUACGGCCAAAAACUUCACCCUGCUCCUCGCGUCGACCGAUCGGUUAUCUCUGAGUGCACCCUUUACGUUACGGUCGAGCCUUGCGUCAUGUGCGCCUCGCUUCUUCGCCAGCUCCGUAUCAAGAAGGUUUACUUCGGUGCUGUCAACGACAAGUUUGGCGGAACUGGAGGUGUUUUCCGCAUUCAUAAGAACUCCCCUUUCUCAAUGGCUUCAGCCCCUCCGUCGCCUGCGCCCCAGAACGGCAAGGGUAUCGCGAGACCCGCUUUGGAGCGUCGCCCCGUUUCGGCUCUGAACAUCGGUACUGGUGGAGUUGAAGGUCAGGAGCCUGAACCUGCCGGUGAUGACACCGACGAGUCUAAGCAGAAUGAGACUGUGGGCGAGCAACCUGGCCGAAACACCACAUCUCUCUUCGAGCCUGAACUGCAUGGCGAUGGUGGCAAUGUGGAGCCAGGCUAUGAGGUAGAGGGUGGCUGGGGACGCGAUGAGGCCGUCACCUUGCUCAGGCAGUUCUAUGUCCAAGAGAACGGACGGGCUCCCGUUCCCAGGAAGAAGGAAGGUAGAGCGGCCCGCUUGGCGGCUAUGAUGGAGCGCGAUGGCCAUGCUGGUGGGCCGAUGGCCGAUGCCCCUGCAGUUGCCAAGCCAGAGGAGAAUGGCACUUCCGUUGAUGGGGAUGCUGCGGCGCAGGAAGAUGAGGAGGAUACGGAAAAGACGGAGGAUGAGAACUCCGGUAACAGCUCGGAUGCGUGAAUCGAAUGAUUGCAUGAAGCUACUGUCUUGGUUUCUAGCAGUCUGGCAUGCAGAACCUGUGCUCUGGAGAAGAAGUAUUCAGGUUAUUGAUAUGUGGAGGUUAUAUCUUCGAGCAUCAAGGAGUGACGGAGACCAUAGCGUCCUCAAAAACCACUGCAUGCAUAAGAGCACAAGGCAUGGAAUGGAGUAGCACGAGUUAUGGCGGGGAGGCUUUUGUGUUUUUGCAUCGAUUUUCUUGAUGGGUAGUGUUUGAGCAUUGGUUUGCAUGUAGAUGAUCAGUAUCACGAGACUGUGGGCUUCAGGUUAUGGAAAAGCUAUGGGUAUGUGUGGAGACAAGGAAGUGGAAAAGAGAAGAGAAGAAAUUAUGCCUCACGGCUUUACGAAGUCUAAGAAGUUUACACAUGUCGACCAGGAAGGUAUA